CAUGGUUGGCCGAAAUGUCAACAGAAAAAAAAACGUUUGUUGACAUCGGCUCUUUCAUUUCCCACAAAAUGUAUUGAAAAAGACAUAAAAAGCUAAUCUUGAAAUUAAAUUUGUGCAAGAUAAUAUCAGCCUAGCUGUGAAAUUCCCACCCAUUCAUGGAAAAUGUCUGCAAGUAAACUAGAUGCCGUAUACAGAAGUAUCCUGCUCACAAAAUUCUUCACUAAAGGAUGGGGUAAACCUGAAAAUUUGCGUAGGUUAUUUGAAUUCCGAAAAGUGGUUUCUAAUCGUGACGAGUGUUUCAAAUUAAUAGAAAGAGAUUACCCAGUGACAAUUACCAAGGAAGAAUGCCUCUCUGAUUGCCGGUUCGUGGAAGGCUACUUUAUGACUCCACUAGAGAAAUUCCUUCCCGGUAUAGUUCCUGAGAUAGCCCAGAAGGCACACUUCCAGGCGCUCUUACCUGUACACUGGCCGGAACCAGGAGUCAAACCAGUAUGCUUACACUUGGCGGGAACAGGCGACCAUUUCUUCUGGAGGCGCCGAAACCUCAUGGUGAAACCUCUCUUGAAAGAGGCGGGCAUCGGUGGUAUUAUUCUGGAGAACCCCUUCUAUGGAUUGAGGAAACCCACCGACCAAGUUCGUUCGUCUCUCCACAAUGUGUCAGACAUUUUCGUGAUGGGCGGGUGCUUGAUUCUUGAAUCCCUUGUCCUGUUCCACUGGUGUGAAAGAAACGGCCUUGGACCGCUCGGCGUCACUGGACUUUCCAUGGGCGGUCACAUGGCGUCACUAGCGGCCACAAACUGGCCUAAGCCGCUAGUGUUGGUCCCAUGCCUCUCGUGGUCAACGGCGUCUGCGGUUUUCUUACAAGGUGUUAUGUCUCAAUCAAUAAAUUGGGAUCUUCUGGAAGACCAGUACCUUUCGGACGGCGUCUACAGGGAAAAACUGUCCAAAAUGGUGACCAUAGUUGACGAGGCGUUCCUGGCCGGUAAAAAAUUCGCUCAAACAUAUUCAAAGAAAGUAGAAAAAGAGGAACUGACACACGCACAAACAAACAAAUCCAUGAAUAGUGAUAAAAAAGAUAAUCUAGAUAUAACGUACAAAGAAUCUAACGGCGCAAACGCCACAGCUCAAAAUAUUAUAGAUGUAACGAAAAAAGUACAAGAUUUAAACUUGGAAGUGCCUAAACAUAACAAGAGUGAUUCUUUAGCGCAAAUAGAGAAACUCAAUGUAGAACUAAAGAAAUUGCUCGACGAAGGUAAAAUAAGCCACACUCUGUAUCAUAAGUUAACGUCCAAUGAAAAAUUUAAUCUACACCCCGACGAUAUAGACAAUAUUAACAAAUUAAAUCAGGAGGAUGUCAAAGAAUUAAUACUCAGGUAUAAAAUCGACAGUAUAAAGAAUGAGACUGCAGAUACAGAAGAAUAUGCUGCUCAAGCUACAAAAGCACAAGUACAAUUAACACCAGAAUCUAAAACAAAAUUAGUAGAUGUAGAAGUGGACAACAAAACGGUGCCAAAAGUGACUACAGCUACCUUGGCGGUGAAGAAACCAGACAAAAGAUCAUGGAAUGUGUCUGAUCUAACUUCGGAUUGGAUAAAUUUGCCGUUUAUAAGGUCGAGUGGGAGGAAGAUAGAUAUAAGCAAGAUCCAUUGGCGGGACAGAGAGGCACUGCAGUUCAUGAGAGGCAUUAUGGACGAGUGCACACAUCUUAGUAAUUUCUCUGUGCCAUUCGACACUUCGUUAAUUAUAGCGGUAUGCGCCAAGCACGACGCUUACGUGCCCCGCGAGGACGUGGGCACCCUGGAGGAGAUCUGGCCGGGGGCCGAGGUACGCUACGUGGACGCUGGUCACGUGUCCGCUUACAUACUGCACCAGUCGCUUUUCAGAUCCUGCAUCAAGGAAGCAUUCGAGCGAUCUAAAAGGAAAUGGAAAGACGGCAAGCACGUGAACUGGCGAUAACAUCUGUGGAAGAAAACUCAACAAAUAAGAGAGCCAAAAGGAACAGGAUUUAAAAAAAAAUAAUGUAAUGACUAACACAGGCUCACCUCAUAUAAAAUAACGUUCUAUCUUUUGGUAUUUGCCAGACGGGUAUAUAAAUAAGCGUAAUAGAUACUAUAUAAUAUCUCAAGGUGCUAUUAGCCCAAAAUUAAGAUAUUUAUAGUUAAAUUGACAGCUCAUUAUAGAAAAUUACAAUGAUUUUAAUGAAUUAUUGUGAUAUACAAUUUGUGUGGUUUUAAAAUAGGAUCAGUGUUGCCUUUAUUAUGUGAACGUGUUGCUAUGUUGUACCAGAUUAUAUCAACUUUUGAAAAAAAAACAAAUUAGAUAUAUAAAGAUAAAACUAAUUGCUCAUUGGUAAACAUUUUAUACAUACCGUACCAAUAAAUAAAAUUGACUGCUGUUCGUUUUACAAAUAUUUUCUAUAUUUGAUGGCAAUAAAAGAAAGUUAUAUUUUUACAAUGACUUUUAUAACUCAGAAAAAAUACAUUUUAUAGAAUAUUUUACGAGGAACGUUGCCUAAAUAGAAAUGCAUUCAAAUUUACUGCUUUCGUUUCGAAUAGUUAAUUUUUUUCCGUAGAUAAUGCAAACUUUUGUUUGUUUUAAUUCCAUACUGUGAAGUACAAAGUUUAUUUGAAUCGAGUAUGUUUUAGAGUUAUGUAAACGUGCAAUGCUUUUUAGAUGAUAUUUAUUGUAGAGAACUGAGUGUACAUAAGAUUUAUUCUCUAUUGAGAUUGUAAAGUGUAAAAUGUAUUUUUAUAAAUAAACAUUUGUUGUUAUUAAA